CCACCGCCACUGCCGCAAAUCACAGAUUUGUUGAAGCUUCUCCUCUCUUGCACGAGAAAAGCCUAAACUUUUGGAGAUCAGUCCCAAAAAAAAAACCGUUCAACUCCUUGAAGCCUCGAUUGUGUGCCCUAGUCUAUCAACACUUCAUCAUUGAGCCUUCAUUCAUCCUCCACCUGUGUAUUGACGACGUCAAGCUACAGCACCACUGUGAUUUGAAGGAUCGGAUGUCCAAGCAGCAGAUUGGGACUGGCCGUAGAGUUGGAGACCUCUAUGUGGUAGAGAGCUUGCAUCUACCUAUGACAACUUCUCCAACUACUUUUUCCUCUUUUCAAACAUUGGCAAUUGGGGAUGGUGGAAAUGAUGUGAGGAUGAUACAAGAAGCUGACAUUGGUGUUGGCAUCAGUGGGAGAGAAGGACUACAGGCAGCAAGGGCAGCUGAUUAUAGUAUUGGGGAUGGAUGAUCUUGUGCACGAAGUUAAAUUGUACAGGACUAAUUGGCACUAUAAGCAUUUUUGGAAGGAUUAUAUAUUUUUUGAUAGAUGUGUGGAAAAGAUUUGGGUAGACUAGUUGUUAUAUUUUUAGAUAGACUAAUAGUUAUAUUUUUUGAUGGAUGUGUAUGGAAAAUAUUUGGGUGGACUACUAGUUAUAUUUUUGAUAAAUGCGCAUGGAUAAAAAUUUAAAACAUAAUAACAAGUACUUGUUAUGUUUUAAAUUGUUUUGCUAGAUGGAUGUGACUUGGAUGAUUGUAUAGAUUAUAAGCGGAUUUUUAAUUGGAGGAAUAUGUAGUUUGAAAUUACUUAUGGAUGAAAA